AUAAAACGUUUAAAAAGCUAAUAAAUAGACACUUCUAAUAUCCACUUGCACUCAUUAGUUUGACCAGUUCUGGAAACUACAAUCAUGCUGCUAUCCAGCCUUUUAAGUUUCGUGUUUUCUUGUCUAUUCUUUCUAACUAGCAGCAGUGAGGCCCAAACUUUCGGGGCCUUUCAAUUAACUAAACCACUAGGAAAAACACCUUCUAUCAGUUACGACCUUACACUACCGCAAGUGCCUCAGACUGAAGAGUUCAGUAUUUGGAACACUUUUCAGCCCUUCAAAAAGCAAAUUACACCGCAAGGGGAGAUAUGGUACCCUGAAGGGCAGGUUCCUCAACAGAACAAUGGGUUUUUGUCAAAUAUUUACAAAGCGAUCGUGAAUUUUUUCCUAAGUUUUCUCCCAGCCCCGAUUCGAUAUUUCUUAGGAUGGUACUAACACAAAAAACAAGCCAUUUUAUCGACAAUAAAGAAAUUUAAUUUAUUAA